AUGUGCAAAAAUCUAUGUAAAAGGUUUUGCAAGAUCGAAUUCAGACAAACUCAAAGAAUACAGAAUGAAUUAGCCGAUGCUCUUGCCACGAUCGCUUCAAUGAUCAAACAUCCAGAUAUUGAUUACAUCAAUCUGCUAGAUGUAGAUUUGAAGGAACUCCCAGUCUAUUGUUCACACGUUGAGUCCGAACCAGAUGGUUUGCCUUGGUAUUUUGACAUACAGAAAUACUUGGAGUCUGGGGCAUAUCCAGAAGACACUACAUCUAGUCAGAUGAAAUUGAUACGUCGUAUGGCUCUCAAUUUCUUUCUGAAUGGAGAAGUCCUGUAUAGGCGGACUCCAGAUUUGGGUCUUUUAAGAUGCGUGGACGCUUCUGAAGCUGUGAGGCUUAUUGAACAGAUUCAUGCUUAA